UUUCUAACGUGGUUGAAGCCAGCCUGAUCUGCAUAGCCACUCUCCGCUACGCUGCGGCUAGCUUAGAUAUUAACCAUGAGGUUGAAAUGAUAGGUAUGAUGAACCUGUACGUGCGCAACAGAAUAUCCAUUCACACAACACGUAUCUUCCUUCCGGUCAGCCCCCUGUGACGUUGUACAUUCCAGGCGUCCAGCUUCAUAGUCGCCGCUAUACUUUCCUUACGCGGGCCAGAACAUUGCAGCUUCGACGAACAUACCCCACGACGACCGUAUCAUGCCAAAAGCUGAGUUCCUGCCCUCGUACGAGGAGACCAUUGCUAGCUCUGUCGAUGAGAAUGCGAGAGAAAAAGUGCCACAAGAACAAAGGAUCAUUGACCGAUUGGAAAUGGUACGGUCGCAGCACAUUCGUUCUAUCGUCGAGCAGCACAUCUGCCCUGAGGUGAAAGAGCAAACAGAUAUGGGCAUUGCGAGAACAGUCCUGGUAUUAUUACUUCCCGCCAAUUCUGCUAAAACGGAAGUGGAGGAGUAUCGAUUCGAAAGCGAGCUCGAACCAGUAAUCCCAAGAGUCGAUUUGGUAGGCUUUUCAAUCGAUGAUCAUGUCAGAAUUAUCCAACUUGAGGGCAUAAUGAACCAGGCUGGCUUCUGGAAACAAACCGGAGUGACAGAAGAUCUCCAAAGAGCAUUAUUCGACCAUCUCUCCUCACCACGAGUGCAGACGCAAAGCCCUUGUUCGGCCCGUGAUGUGAGAGCAAAUGCACUUGUGAGGCAAACGAAAAAAAGCUUGUUCAAACGAUUUACCGAAUCAGUUCCGCGAGACAGUCAGACAUCCAUGGUUCAUAGCACUGAGAUAAUGCCCGAAGAGCGGAUUAAUGUAAGCGUCGAAGUCGAUGAAGGAUUAUGCCAGCGCACGGUAUCAGCUAUGGGUCUGAACGAAACUAGAACAAGGCAGGGAGUUGUUGUAAAGAUUGACAUCCGGUCGUGACUUUGGUGCACAUGUAUAGAGCCGUGCGGGGAGACUAUAUAGCCGCCAAAGAGGGUAGCUUGGAACCAACUUCUCUAUAGAAUAG